GCUGUAUGAGUGUGCUCAGGUGCGGGGUGACGACUUUUGCUCGCGUUCAGAGGUCGCCGAAGGAUCGGGUUCUCACGGGAAAAGCGAGAUGGAUCGAGGCGAGUGAUGUCAUGGUCGACGAACGACGAGGUUGACUGUCAAUACCAUAGCAGGAUCAAUCGCAGGCUCAAGAUCGUUCAAGUCGAACUGUCGACAAUCUCGAGAUGAUGAUCACAUUGUCUCUAUCAGCCUGCAUGCUCCGGCAGGCUAGCCUAUGUAUCCCCGGACCAUCAAGGACAGUGCUCAGAGGAAUCCAUCAGAGCGGUGCACGAUGUUCAGGACACAACCGGUGGUCGAAGAUCAGGCAUAGAAAAGGAGCAGCAGACUCUGCCAAAUCGACCCAGUUCUCCAAGAUUACCAAUGAAAUCUACCUCUCCCUCCGUCCGCCCGCUUCCCCAGACCCAGCGCUCAACCCGAGAUUAUCCGCCAUCCUGGCCAAGGCGAGGGAAGUCGGGUAUCCGAAGAGUAAUGUGGAUACGGCUAUGAACAAGGCUCUUAAUCCGAACGAAGGCGCCGCGCUCCAGAGUAUCACUUACGAGGCCGUCGGACCCGGCGGGCAGGUGGGGAUGAUCAUUGAAUGCCUGACGGAUAAUUCGAACCGAUGCGUCUCCCGCGUCAAGGAACAACUGAACAAAUACGGAGGCAGGAUGUCCCCCACAGCGUUCCUAUUCGAACGUAAAGGCGUGAUCAAGCUCUCCCUGGAUCCGGGCACGGACCGAGAAACGGCUUUCGAUACGCUGUUCGAGGUUGCCGUCGAGGCCGGGGCGGAGGACGUCAAGGUGGUCCUUCCUACCGAGGACGUCCACGAUCAGGUCGGCGGGUUCGAGGUCAUCACCCCGCCUUCCGAAGUAUCUACGAUCGCCUCUUCCAUAUCUUCCCCGUUCAAAGUCAUCGGUGUCGAAGUCGCCUACCUCGCUAGCACGCCCUUACGUCUGCCCGCAAACGAGGAGGAUGGUGCUGCUGACGAGCUCGAGACUGGGGAAGGAUUAGGCGAUGUGAUCAGUGAAGAGGUGGCGGACAAGGUGUUUAGCCUGGUAGAAGGUCUGGAGGAUACGGGGGAUGUCGUCAAAGUGUGGACGAACGUGGCCGAGGUGUAAUACGUCGGUGGCAAAAGAAUGAUAGAUGAAACGUCAGAAUCUAUACCACGUCUUGUGUAUAUGCUCGUGUGUCUGUGACAAGUAGAAGCGCAAUGAACCUCUCACUUGU